GGCUGGAGGAGCCAGGUCUGGGCCCUUGCAGUGGUCACUUUCUCCUGGACAGCUCUGAUCUCUUGGUUGUUUUUGUGGAAUGAAUCUUGUGUGUGUCGCUGGUGAGUUUCUGAAGCUAGCAGACAGGUUUGUCCAGGGCUUGCUGGUGAUUCGUUUUGAGAUGUUGGGCAAGGCUUAUUCCCUGGAGCCUCCGUGUCCUCCCCAGUAAAUCAGGGCUGUUAUGAGGAUCAGAUACAAUAAUGGACUGGAAGGAGCUGAGUGGUCUGUAAAAAAAAAACAAACACCAAAUGCUAGUGGUCCCUCCACACCUGCAGCAUCUAGAGGGAAAUCUGUCACCCACACCCACCAUAACCCACAUAUUCAUUAAUUGUGGAGCCUCCUGAGACAGAGCUAUGUAGGAAGGAGAGGACUUAAUAAGGACAUGGACCUUAGUGUAUGUGCAUUUAUUUUUGGACAACCCAGGCAGAGGUUUAGGGUGAAAGGUGCCCAGCCCGGAGGAGUGUGGCUGAUAGUAGACCCAGGCGAAUUGUUUUGUUUGUUUCAAUCCAAAUCUGGAGUGAAUCAUUGAUAAGUGUCAAGGUGAAAUGGCAAAUCUGGGCUUCCUGUGGUCCAAAGGUGUGUGACUGGAAUCCAUAGGAGAGCUGGCGGUUGCAGCUGGCUGGAGGACAGCCUUAGGUAUUACACAAGUGUUUAGGGGUCCCUUCCAUGAGGGAAGAGGAGCAGGUUUAUAAAUAAACCUCACAUGUGCCUUCAGCAUUCUUUUUCAUGGGAGACCAAUAACUGAACUAUUGUUAGGAUCAAUUUAGUAUAUCUCUCUCUGCCCAUUUUGAGUUAGAACGGGGAGAGGAGGAAAUAGGUGCUUUUGUCUUUUUCUGUCCUCUCCCUUCCCCCAUUUUCUUCUCCCGAUCCCCACUCACUCACAUACACACCUAACCUUGAAGCCGAUGAGAUUGAGUGACUGGCACUUGGGACCACAGAGAAUUGUCAGAGUUUUUGGUUACAGACUCAAGGAAACCUCUCAUUUUAGUGCUCAUUUGGUUUUAAGCAAAAUUUUGGACUGUGAAUCAAGGCAUUGGGUGAAGACAAAAUGGCCUCACCGGCUGAUAGCUGUAUCCAGUUCACCCGCCAUGCCAGUGAUGUUCUUCUCAACCUUAAUCGCCUCCGGAGCCGGGACAUCUUGACUGAUGUUGUCAUAGUGGUGAGCCGUGAGCAGUUUAGAGCCCAUAAGACAGUCCUCAUGGCCUGCAGUGGCCUAUUCUACAGCAUCUUCACAGACCAGUUGAAAUGCAACCUUAGUGUGAUCAAUCUGGAUCCUGAGAUCAACCCCGAGGGGUUCUGCAUCCUCCUGGACUUCAUGUACACAUCUCGGCUCAACCUGCGGGAGAGCAACAUUAUGGCUGUGAUGGCCACAGCUAUGUACCUGCAGAUGGAGCAUGUCGUGGACACUUGCCGGAAGUUUAUCAAGGCCAGUGAAGCAGAGAUGGUUCCUGCCAUCAAGCCUCCCCGUGAAGAGUAUCUGAACAGCCGGAUGCUGAUGCCCCAAGACAUCAUGGCCUAUCGGGGCCGUGAGGUGGUGGAGAACAACCUGCCACUGAGGAACCCCCCUGGGUGUGAGAGCAGAGCCUUUGCCCCCAGCCUGUACAGUGGCCUGUCCACACCGCCAGCCUCUUAUCCCGUGUACAGCCACCUCCCCGUCAACAGCUUCCUCUUCUCCGAUGAGGAGCUGCGGGAUGCCCGGAUGCCUUUGGCCAACCCCUUCCCCAAGGAGCGGGCCCUCCCUUGCGAUAGUGCCAGGCCAAUCCCUGGGGAGUACAGCCGGGUGGCCAUGGAGAUACCCCCCAGUGUGUGCCACAGCAACAUCUACUCACCCAAGGAGGUGGCCCCAGAGGAGGCACGGAGUGACAUGCACUACAGUGUGGCCGAGGGCCCCAAGCCAGCUGCCCCCUCAGCCCGGAAUGUCCCAUACUUCCCCUGUGACAAGGUUGGCAAGGAGGAAGAGAGACCCUCCUCAGAGGAUGAAAUUGCCUUGCACUUCGAGCCCCCCAAUGCACCCCUAAACCGGAAGGGCCUGGUUAGUCCCCAGAGUCCCCAGAAGUCCGACUGCCAGCCCAACUCGCCCACAGAGUCCUGCAGCAGCAAGAAUGCCUGCAUCCUUCAGACCUCUGGCUCCCCUCCAGCCAAGAGCCCCACCGACCCCAAAGCCUGCAACUGGAAGAAAUACAAGUUUAUUGUGCUCAAUAGCCUCAACCAGAAUGCCAAACCUGAGGACCCCGAGCAGGCCGAGCUGGGCCGCCUUUCCCCUCGAGCCUACCCUGCCCCACCGGCCUGCCAGCCGCCCAUGGAGCCGGAGAACCUUGACCUCCAGUCCCCAGCUAAGCUCAGUACCAGUGGGGAGGACUCCACCAUCCCACAGGCCAGCCGGCUCAAUAACAUCGUCAACAGGUCUCUGACAGGCUCGCCCCGCAGCAGCAGCAGUGAGAGCCACUCGCCCCUUUACCUGCACCCCCCGAAGUGUACGUCCUGUGGCUCUCAGUCCCCACAGCACACGGAGAUGUGCCUCCACACCACCGGCCCCACGUUCCCAGAGGAGAUGGGAGAGACCCACUCUGAGUACUCGGAUUCCAGCUGUGAGAAUGGGGCCUUCUUCUGCAAUGAGUGUGACUGCCGCUUCUCUGAGGAGGCCUCGCUCAAGAGGCACACGCUGCAGACCCACAGUGACAAACCCUACAAGUGUGACCGCUGCCAGGCCUCUUUCCGCUACAAGGGCAACCUUGCCAGCCACAAGACCGUCCAUACAGGUGAGAAACCCUAUCGUUGUAACAUCUGUGGGGCCCAGUUCAACCGACCGGCGAACCUGAAAACCCACACUCGAAUUCACUCUGGAGAGAAGCCCUACAAAUGUGAAACCUGCGGAGCCAGAUUUGUACAGGUGGCUCACCUGCGUGCCCACGUGCUUAUCCAUACUGGCGAGAAGCCCUAUCCGUGUGAAAUCUGUGGCACCCGUUUCCGGCAUCUUCAGACUCUAAAGAGCCACCUGCGAAUCCACACGGGAGAGAAACCUUACCAUUGUGAGAAGUGUAACCUGCAUUUCCGUCACAAAAGCCAGCUGCGUCUUCACUUGCGCCAGAAGCACGGUGCCAUCACCAACACCAAGGUGCAAUACCGCGUGUCAGCCACUGACCUGCCCCCGGAGCUGCCCAAGGCCUGCUGAAGCAUGGAGUGUUGACGCUUUCCAUUCGAGCCCCUUCUCAGAAUCUACCCAAAGGAUACUGUAACACUUUACAGCAUUCAUCCCAUGAUGUAGUGCCUCUUUCAUCAACUAGUGCAAAUCAUAGCUGGGUAUGGGGGUGG